AUGACCGCCUCGCCCUCAACGUUUAUUGUCUACUCGAAUCACCCUACCACCACUACUCUCCGAACCUCUAAAAUCAAUUUCUUCGCUAAUCCUUUGCGUAACCAUCAUCGCCGCUUUCUACUACUAACUCCUAGGGCUACUGCUCCAAAUAACGACGAUGAUAAACGACAGCAGUCGCUUAGUCUUGACGACGUCAACCCGGUCGGACUCGGUCGAAGAUCGCGACAGAUAUUCGAUGAUGUUUGGAGAAAAUUCUCUGGAUUGGGUCAGAUUUCUAGGACUAUCCGCACCGAUGAUCAGGAAACCCUAGAUGCCCUUCUCGUCCGUGAAGGUCCCAUGUGCGAGUUUGCAGUUCCGGGCGCUCAGAAUACAACUGUUCUCGUUGUUGGUGCCACCAGCCGCAUCGGCCGCAUUGUUGUUCGUAAGCUCAUGCUCAGGGGUUACACCGUCAAGGCUUUGGUUAGGAAGGCAGAUGAAGAGGUGGUAGCGCAGCUUCCAAGGUCAGUAGAGAUAGUGAUUGGGGAUGUUGGCGAUCCUGCCGCUGUCAUGGCUGCUGUACAAGGCUCUAACAAAAUUAUAUAUUGUGCCACUGCCCGCUCUACUAUUACUGCUGAUCUCUUAAGGGUUGAUCAUCAAGGAGUUUAUAACAUUACUAAAGCAUUUCAGGAUCAUAAUAAUAAAUUGGCUCAGUUGCGAGCUGGCAAAAGCAGCAAAAGUAAGCUUACGCUUGCUAAAUUCAAAACUGAAUCUUCACUCGAUGGAUGGGAAACUCGCCAAGGAACUUACUUCAAAGAUGUAGCUGCCACAAAAUAUGACGGAGGGAUGGAUGCCAAAUUUGAGUUCACUGAGAAUGGAGAAGCUGUUUUCUCAGGGUAUGUCUUAAGUAGAGGUGGCUAUGUAGAACUGUCAAAAAAGCUUUCUCUACCUCUGGGCUCCACUCUUGAUAGGUAUGAGGGCCUGGUUAUCUCUGUUGGUGGCAAUGGAAGAUCUUAUGUAUUAAUUCUAGAAGCUGGUCCUUCGGCGGAUCUAAAUCAGAGUAAACUGUAUUUUGCAAGAUUUAGUACAAAAGUGGGAUUUUGCAGGGUUAGACUGCCAUUUUCAUCAUUCCGUCCUGUACAACCAGAUGAUCCAGUUUUAGACCCUUUUCUUGUACAUACAUUAACAAUACGGUUUGAGCCUAGAAGACAGAGGAGUAUUGAAGUUAAUACGGCAAAGAACCAGGAUAUGAGAAGCUUUAAGCUAAUAUUGGAAUAUAUAAAAGCCUUGCCUACCGGACAAGAAACUGAUUUUGUCUUAGUUUCAUGUACUGGCCUAGGUGUUGAGCCUUCCAGGCGAGAGCAAGUUCUUAAAGCCAAGAGGGCAGGUGAAGAUUCCUUGAAAAGAUCUGGCCUUGGGUACACGAUAGUUCGUCCGGGUCCAUUGCAGGAAGAACCUGGUGGACAGCGUGCUCUAAUAUUUGAUCAAGGAAACAGAAUAUCUCGGGGCAUCAGCUGUGCUGAUGUGGCUGAUAUAUGUGUGAAGGCACUCCAUGAUACAACUGCAAGAAACAAAAGCUUUGAUGUAUGUUACGAGUAUGUUGCUGAGGAUGGGAAGGAGCUCUAUGAGCUGGUUGCCCAUUUGCCUGACAAAGCAAAUAACUACCUGACACCAGCUCUCUCUGUCUUAGAGAAGAAUACCUGA